AUGGGUUCUAUACUUAGAUUCCGAAAGCUGUGUUAUGUUGAGGCGGUGAAGUGUUCGAGUGGGAAGCGAAAUGGCGAUGAGAAGAAGCGAGAAAAUGUUGAGAAAGUGGGGAAGAAACAGCAGCGUAAGGAGGGGAGGUGCAUAGAUUCGUGUUGUCGGGUGAUUGGGUACCUGUGUACAACGUGGUGGCUUCUUUUGUUCCUCGGCAACUUUUUGCCUGGACUGAAAGCGCCUGCUGAUUCUCCCGGCGCGCGGCUCAAACGCGAGGGGUUGACGGGUUUUCAUCCCGUGGUUUUAGUCCCCGGCAUUGUCACCGGCGGCCUCGAGCUCUGGGAGGGCCGGCCUUGUGCUCAGGGCUUGUUUCGUAAGCGCCUUUGGGGUGGCAGCUUUGUUGAAAUGUUCAAAAGGCCAUUGUGUUGGCUGGAACAUUUGUCUCUGGACAAUGAAACAGGGCUUGAUCCUCCGGGAAUUCGGGUUCGUGCAGUUCCAGGGCUAGUUGCAGCUGAUUAUUUUGCUCCUGGAUACUUCGUUUGGGCUGUGCUGAUUGAGAAUUUGGCAAGAAUUGGGUAUGAACAGAAGAAUAUGUAUAUGGCUGCUUAUGACUGGAGGCUUUCUUUCCAGAACACAGAGGUAAGGGACCAGGCUCUUAGCAGAUUAAAGAGUAAGAUUGAGCUAAUGUAUGCGACAAAUGGUAACAAAAAAGUGGUGGUGGUGCCUCAUUCUAUGGGAGUUCUAUAUUUUCUUCACUUCCUUAAAUGGGUUGAAUCCCCUCCUCCGAUGGGAGGGGGCGGUGGCCCUAGCUGGUGUGCAAAGCACAUCAAAGCAAUCAUGAACGUCGGCCCAGCAUUUCUUGGUGUUCCAAGGUCAUUUAGUAGCAUCUUAUCUGCUGAAGGGAAAGACAUUUCGUUUAUCAGAUCAAUGGCUCCUGGUCUAUUUGAUGAGACAUUUCGUCGGUUUCAAACAAUGGAACAUGUCAUGAGGGUAUCUCGAACGUGGGAUUCCGUUGUUUCAUUGAUUCCUAAAGGAGGGGAGACCCUUUGGGGUAACUUGGAUUGGUCACCCGAGGAAGAAUACAAUUGUAGUUCAGUGACAAAAAAGUACCAGCUGACUUCUAUUUUAAGUAACAGUAACAAAACCGAUCUUAGGAGUUCCCAGAUAAAAGCGGCAACUAAAUAUGGGAGAAUAAUUUCAUUUGGGAAGGCAUCCUCUGAAUUACCCUCCUCACAACUUUCCAUUUUUGAUGUACAGGAAGAUGUGCAUCAAAGUGUGCCAAACAAUAGGUGUGGAGGCGUGUGGACAGAAUAUAACCAAAUGAGUAAGGCAAGCGUCCAGAAAGUGGCUGAAAAUAAAGCAUAUACAGCAAAAACUGCAAUAGAUCUUCUGCGGUUUGUGGCACCCAACAUGAUGAAGCGUGCCGAGUCACAUUUCUCUCAUGGAAUAGCUGACGACUUAGACGACCCAAAAUAUAAACAUUACAAGUACUGGUCAAAUCCACUCGAAACCAAGUUACCUAUUGCACCAGAUAUGGAGAUAUACUGCCUAUAUGGAGUGGGAAUCCCGACAGAAAGAUCGUACUUAUACAAGCUCUCCCCUUCUUCCGACAGAUGCAACACCAACAUUCCUUUCCAAAUAGACAGCUCGGUAGCUGGAAGUGACCACAACGACAAGGGCUGCCUGAGAGGCGGAGUACACUUCGUUGAUGGCGAUGGAAGCGUCCCGCUCCUCAGUGCAGGUUUCGUGUGCGCCAAACCGUGGCAAGGGACGACGCGGUUCAACCCUUCGGGCAUCCCCACAUACAUAAGAGAGUACCAGCACAAACCGCCGUCUAGUCUGCUGGAAGGGAGGGGCACUCAGAGUGGGGCUCAUGUUGACAUUAUGGGAAACGUUGCAUUUAUUGAGGAUGUUUUGCGCGUUGCUGCAGGUUCUUCUGGUGCACAAUUGGGAGGGAAUAGAGUUCAUUCAGACAUCAUGAAAAUGUCUGAGAGGAUAAACAUCCGCCUAUGA